AUGCGCACCAUCAUUCUUUUUCUCCUCACUCUCUUUGCGACGGUCUCCAAAGCUCAAAACUGCGGGAACACGCAACAUGAAUUCGAGCUCUGCGCUAAUGCGACUGUUCCAUUGGGACAUGGCGAUCCAGUCGAUCAGUGUAGUGGGUUGAUUACGGGACAGCCGUAUUAUUCAAGGUGUUUGUGUGGUGCUUACAAGGUCCUUGUUUCGUGCUAUGCGGCGUUCUGUGCCCAUGAUGCUGGAUACGGUUCGACCAUGCAAUCUCGCGAUGUUCAUUGUGCGGCCGCUCAGCUCUUUGAAAGCCCUGCUCCGUCUCCUUCGCCCAUUGUUUUGCCGACUCCGACUCCGUCUCCGUCUCCAUCUCCGUCUCCUUCCCCGUCUCCUUCCCCGUCGCCUUCCGCUGAUCCUUCCCCCUCUCCUUCUCCUGCCGCUGACCCUUCCCCUUCGCCUUCGCCUUCAGCUGCCGCUGAUCCUUCCCCCUCUCCUUCUCCUGCCGCUGACCCUUCCGCUUCCCCUUCACCUGCCGCUGACCCUUCCCCUUCCCCUUCACCUGCCGCUGACCCUUCUCCUUCCCCUUCUCCAGCUGCUGUCCCUUCCCCUUCCCCUUCACCUGCCGCUGAUCCUGCACUCGCAGCGGAUGUCGGGUUUGCAAAUCUCAUCGCACGAGCCGAGCCUGAAGACGUGGCAGCCGCGCCUGAAGAUUUGGUGACAACUACGGAGAUUCCGACCAAAACUGUAACGGUCACGGCUACAAAGUCCACUGUAACUGUCACGGUUCCCAAAACCACCAGCACAGUAACGAAAUCUACGGUAACUGUCACGGUCCCCAAAACUACCUCCACGCCGACAAAGACUGUAACCGCCACACAUGGCGCCGCUGAACCCACCCCAAUCGUUGAUCCCCUCCCCAAUCCCAGCGUCCCCAGCAUCCCCGAGAUCCCCAGCCCCGGCUCUGAAGAACCGGUCGAAGAACCCAGCCCAAGCUUUGAUCCCGUCCCCAUUCCCAUUAUCCCCAGCCCCGGCAGCUUCCCCGGCUCCGGCAACAUCCCCGACCUCCCGAACAUUCCCGGCGUCCCCCACAUUCCCCAACCUCCAGCUCCAAGCAGCCGUGUCCCCGGUUCCAACCUCUCCCUCUCGGCCGGAACGAAGGAAAAGGUUUUGUGGGGUGUCGUCCUAGGCUUGGUAGGCGUUGUAGUGAUGGGCGUGGUAGCUUAG